AUGGCAGCAAAAUGGUGGCCUGAGGCCUUACUUUACAUGGUCGAAGUUACAAACCGCUUGCCAAUGGCUAGACUCGGAAUGAAAACGCCUUAUGAAAUGCUCCAUAAAAGGGAAUGUAACGGUUUAGCGUUACAGAUCUGGGGAUCCACGUGUUUUGCACACAUUCCAAAAACCAAAAGAAAAGAUCCUAAAUUAGGUGGUCGAGCAAUAGAGUGCAAGUUAUUGGGUAUAUCUCCCAAUUAUAAAGGAUACCGCCUGCUUGAUGUCAAAGGAAACAAGUACAUCACUGCAAGAGAU